CCAGAUAAUCUACGACGUCCAGGUGUCCGUGUCUGGCGGCGUAGUGCAGCAGCGUGUCCCCGGAGCGGCCGAAAUGUGCAACCCUGACUGUCUGAGUCCAUCCGCACGAUCGUAUCUGUCUGUCCAAAGAGUCCAGCUGUCCCUCCUGACAUGACUUCUGCCAAGAGGAGGAGAUUAUGUUUUCCCAGCAGAUGUGUUGAGAGCUAAUGCAGUUUCUGGCACGAAGAUAGUGAGGAAUCAGCUGCAGUGAGCAAGAUGAGUCACAUCUGGAGGCAAAAGGAAGAAGGGAAAAAAGCUGGGAGAAGAAAAAAAUGGGAUUGUUGGUGAGGGUUGAGCCUCAGUCCUCAGUGUUUUUACAACAUGGACCACAAACGCCAGGAUCUAGUCUGACCAACUCCACUGCUGUGUUUUCUCUUAAUCAGGUUCUCUUGGUACUGCUGGUGCUGACGGUGUGCGUCCUCCUACACAGCAAGCUGCUCAGACCCUCCAGUCAGCACAAACUCUCAGAUCACCGGAAGGGCGCCGAUAACACCGCUCGGGCUGCAGCCGUGAAACCUUCAGAGCCCGAUAAUUUUGUGCCCAUCAUCAUCUGCGCAUCAGAGGAGCGUAUGGGUGCAACCAUGGCAACCAUCAAUAGUGUCUAUAGCAACACGGAUGCCCGCGUGAUCUUCUAUAUUGUUACUCUGCGUGAUUCCGUCAAACUGACAAGGCAGUACAUACAGAAGACGAAACUGAAAGCCAUCAACUACAAGAUACUGGAGUUUAACCCCAUGGUUCUUCGAGGAAAGGUGAAACCAGCCACUUCCCGACCUGAUCUGCUGCAUCCUCUCAACUUUGUGCGCUUCUACCUGCCUAUGCUAGACAUCAACCACAAGAGGGUGAUCUACUUAGAUGAUGAUGUCAUUGUGCAGGGUGACAUUAGCAACCUGUUCCACGUUAGACUGAAGCCAGGCCACGCUGCUGCUUUCUCCACAGACUGUGAUCUUUCCACCACACAUGAGAUUGUGCGCAGCGUCGGCAUGCAGACAACCUACAUGGGUUUCCUGGACUACAGGAAGCAGGAGGUUAAGGAUCUGGGUAUCAACCCAGGCGAGUGUUCGUUCAACCCUGGUGUGUUUGUAGCAGAUAUGAGUGAGUGGAGGAAACAAAAGAUCACCAAACAGCUCGAAAAAUGGAUGGAGGAGAAUUUCAGGCACAAUAUAUAUAGCAGUACGAUGGCGGGUGGCGUGGCAACUCCACCCAUGCUAAUAGUGUUUCACGACAAAUACACCACACUGGACCCACUGUGGCACAUCAGACACCUGGGUUGGAGUCCAGAUGUUCACUACUCAAAGGACGUCCUAAAGGAGGCACUGCUGCUGCACUGGAAUGGCCCAUACAAACCCUGGAGUCACCCUGCUGUUCACACAGACCUGUGGAUAAAGUGGUUCAUCCCAGACCCCUCCGGCACCUUCUCCAUGUUUCUACGUUAGAGUGAUAGUUGAGAAACUGUGGCAUAAUAAUAUUAAUAAUACAACUUUAAAUACAAUAAAAACAAAAUGUAUUAUUAAUGAUAACAUAAAUAAUAUAAAUUUAAUCAUAUAAAAUAAAUGUUCAAACUUGUUCAAAAAUGUCAAAUUAUUUUUAUUUGUAUUAUUUAAAAUAAUAAUAGUGAUGAUGGUUAGAUAUUUUAUAGUAAUAUACAACUAUUUAAAUAUUAUUAUUAUUAUUAUUAUUAAAUAUUUAAUUAUUGAUAUAAUGUGCAAAUAGUAUGAAAAAUAUGUUCGUAAUAUUGUAUUGUGUACAAAAUAUGACUAAUGUUUCCUCAAAAAUUGAAUAUUGUGGUGACAUAACUGUGAACAUAUAAUAUGAGUGAGACAGAAUAGUAGCAGGAACUUUACGUCUUAAACUGCGGUAUGCUCGAUGAAAGUUGCAAACUGAUAAUUAAUUUAUAAAAUUAAUUUUUGCUUUGUAAAUAUGGCAAAGAAAUGUUGACAUUAGCCAAAUCCAUUACUGAGUGUUUCCAAAUGCUGAUGCCUUCACUGAGAUGAUUUUUGAUAAAUCACUGUAAUUAAAAAAAAAUGUUUGAAGUAACAUUUAUAGCUGGAUGCUCCUGAGCCAAGAAAUUAAAAA